UCUGUAAUUCAAUUACGCGGUGCCUAGGAAAACGUAGAAAGGAGGACGCACUCAAUCUCUUGUUAUCCUCAGUCUCUAAUGGAAGCUUAGCUUCCUUCGAAUCAAUUCAAGUCUUCCAAAUGGGUGUCUCGGAGGCCGUUGAUUUUGCCCGCAACUUCGCCGUUAUGCUCAGAGUUCGCGGUCCCGACCCAAAAGGGAUGAAGAUGAGAAGACACGCUUUUCAUCAAUACCGUUCUGGAGAAACAACUCUAUCAGCUUCAGGGAUGCUUGUACCUCAUACCCUCUUUGAUGCUCAAGUAGCUACCACUCUCUAUGGCCAUAAUUCUGAGGAUACGGUAUUGGUUGUCACUGUUGCAUCAGUUCUUGAGCCUUUUCUAUCUCCUCACCACAGACACAACAUUCCUCAGGGUAGGCCUGAGUUGAUUUCUGGUGUUCAGAUCGAUGUUAUGACUGAGAAAACCGAUGAAAAAUCGAGUCAACCAACUCCCUGUUGGAUUGUGGCCCAGCUUUUGUCAUUAAUUGAUGUUCCCGCUUCGGCCCUUUGUCUCCAGUCACUUAUAGAAGCAUCUUCCGGCUUGCCUGAGCAUGAAUGGGAGGUUGGUUGGUCCUUGGCAUCAUAUAAUGAACCUCAACCAUCGAAAGAUUUCAUUCAAACUCAGGGAAGAUCAGCAGUGGAAAGAUCUAGUAAUGCAAAUCUUAUACACAAAUCACUGACUAGAAUUGCCAUUCUAAGUGUUCCAUUAUCUUUCAAGGACUUGCUAGAGACUAAAGUAUCGUCAUCAUCUAUGAAUAAAAGGGGUGAUUUUCUUCUGGCAGUUGGCUCUCCUUUUGGGGUCCUGUCACCUGCUCACUUCUUUAACAGUAUAUCAGUAGGAUGCAUUGCAAACUGCUAUCCUCCUAAUUCGUCAGAUGGAUCAUUGCUGAUGGUUGACAUUCGCAGUCUUCCUGGAAUGGAAGGCAGCCCGGUUUUCAGUGAGCAUGCAUGUCUUACUGGUAUCCUGAUCAGACCAUUGAGGCAGAAUACAAGCGGUGCGGAAAUCCAGCUGGUGAUUCCAUGGGAAGCCAUUGUGAGAGCGUCGAGUGGGUUGCUGCAGAUGUGGCCUCAGAACACAAUGGAAGGGUCAUACAAUCAGCAGGAGAACUCUUAUGUUGAAGGCAAGGCGCCUUUUCUUGAUACUAUCAAGUUAAGCGUAAUGUCUAGUAAUGAACACGAGCCUGUAAGUUACGGUUGCUCCUCACCAUUACCGAUUGAGAAGGCAAUGGCUUCUAUCUGUCUCGUUACUGUUGGUGAUGGCAUAUGGGCAUCUGGUGUUUUGCUAAACAGUCAAGGUCUCAUACUUACGAAUGCCCACCUGUUGGAACCAUGGAGAUUUAGCAAAACACAUGCAAGUGGUGGAGGAUAUGGAACUAGCUCAGAAAAAAUUCCUUUCAUGCUAAAGGGAGCUACAUCUUUUUACAAUGGAAUUGAGUGCAAUCAAGAGAGUCAAACUUCGCCUACAGUGAAGGCGAUUCUUUAUCCUUUUGCUACUAAUGAACAGGGGACAUAUCAUAAGUUGAAUCCAACCUACUACAACCAUAUAAACUUACGUGUUCGCCUUGAUCAUGUCACACCUCCGUUAUGGUGCGAUGCUAAAGUACUAUAUGUCUGUAAAGGACCGUGGGAUGUUGCUUUACUGCAGCUCAAAUCCGUUCCAGAUAAACUUUCCCCCAUUGUAAUGGAUUUUUCCCGGCCAACCACAGGAUCAAAGGCAUAUGUCAUUGGACAUGGACUAUUUGGCCCUAAACACGGGUUCUUCCCAUCUGUUUGCUCUGGUGUGGUAGCAAAAGUAGUUGAAGCAAAGACUCCACAAUCAUAUCAAUCCAUUCACACCCAUGAGCAGUUCUCAGCAAUGCUUGAAACAACGGCUGCUGUUCAUCCUGGUGCUAGUGGUGGUGCUGUUAUUAAUUCAGAUGGCCACAUGAUUGGCCUAGUUACAAGCAAUGCAAGGCAUGGUGGAGGUGCUGUAAUACCAAAUCUUAACUUUAGCAUCCCAUGUGCAGCUUUGGCACCCAUUUUCAAGUUCUCAAAAGAUAUGCAGAAUUUAUCAGUUCUUCGGAUUCUAGACGAACCAAACGAAUACCUUUCAUCCGUAUGGGCGUUGAUGCGACCAUCAACUCCUAAGCACCAUCCGAUUCCCGGUCCACCUCAGUUUCCAUCUGGUUUGUGA